AUGGCACAGAAGGAGGAUAUGGAGGAGCGAAUCACCACACUGGAGAAGCGCUACCUGGCCGCACAACGUGAAACAACAUCCAUCCAUGACCUGAAUGACAAACUGGAGAACGAGCUGGCCACCAAGGACUCGCUCCAUCGACAGAGCGAGGAGAAGGUGCGUCAUUUGCAGGAGCUAUUGGAGCUGGCUGAACAGAGGCUACAGCAGACCAUGAGGAAGGCCGAAACACUGCCAGAGGUGGAGGCUGAACUGGCUCAGAGAGUGGCUGCCCUCACCAAGGCAAGUCACACAUCCCCCCCAACUGCUUAAUCUUUGAGGCAUUGAUAAAAACAGGAAAGUAGCAUUUUCUCUCUG